AGUUACGUAAUGCCCUGACAUUUUUGUAAACCAAAAUGGCGCUACGCUGUUUGAAUAAUGUGAGAAGUGUCAUUGGACUAAUUCAACAAUUGAAAGUGAUGAGAAGGACAAUUAGCAUUGCAGCUCAAACACUGAAUAAGAAACGUACACAGAGCUGCCCAUGACCCAGCAGGAAAGGGGGUCUGUGUGUCUCCUCCUGUCAGAAGCCGAUAUCUAUAGUCUAAUGUGUGCAGGAGGAUUCAUGAUGGGAAAAACAACUGGAUGGGAUGUUCCCCCGGGUAAAGCAAGGCUGUGGCAUAGCUCCAUCCCAGCAGUGCGCGUGUUCUCAGGGAUCCAGCCCACGGGAAUACCUCAUCUGGGGAACUACCUGGGUGCCCUGGAGAGCUGGGUGGCCCUUCAAGAAAACUACAGCUCCAUCCUCUACAGCAUUGUGGACCUGCACUCCAUCACUGUGCCCCAGGAUCCUGCCCAACUGCGCAAAAACACCUUGGAUGUCACCGCCAGUCUACUGGCCUGUGGGAUCGACCCCUCUCGUGUCAUCCUGUUCCAGCAGUCUCAGGUGUCUGAGCACGCGGAGCUCUGCUGGAUUCUGGGAUGCCUGACCAGCAUGCCACGCCUUCAGCAUCUGCCGCAGUGGAAGAUGAAAAGCAAACAGAAGAAUGAGGGGAGUGUGGGUCUGUACACAUACCCUGUCCUCCAGGCUGCUGACAUUUUGCUGUACAGGUCCACUCACGUCCCGGUUGGGGAGGACCAGGUCCAGCACCUAGAGUUGGCCCAGGACACAGCCCGCAUCUUCAACAACCAGUAUGGGGAGUUCUUCCCUGAGCCCCAGGCCCUACUUAGUUCCAUGAGGAAAGUGAAAUCUCUCAGAGACCCCACCUCCAAAAUGUCCAAGUCUGACUCCCAGAAGUUGGCCACGGUCCACGUCACUGACUCCCCAGAAGACAUCGUGCUCAAGUUCCGCAAGGCAGUGACAGACUUUACCUCAGAGGUGACCUAUGACCCUGAGCGGCGGCCAGGCGUGUCCAACCUGGUAGCGAUUCAUGCAGCAGUGACUGGUCUCAGCGUGGAGGCAGUGGUGGAGCAGGCUCACGGCUUAGACACAGCCCGGUACAAGCAGGUGGUCGCGGACACUGUGGUCCACAAACUGACCCCCAUCCGUGACCAAAUCCAGAAGCUACGUGCAGAUGUGGGCUACCUGGAAACUGUUCUGGCUCAUGGAGCUAGCAGGGCCCGGGAACUGGCUGCUCCAGUUCUAAGACAGGUCCAAAAAUUAGUUGGAUUCUGCUGAAAAGAUUAGUAUGUACAUGAAAGACAUCGUUUAUAUCUGACGGUUUUCCAAACGAAGUAUUCUGCACCUUUGUGCUGUACUUAAGCUUUUUUUGGAUCAUUUUAUAUUUAUAACUAAAAAUUACUUAUCUCAGGUAUGGAUUUUAUCUGAUAUGAUAUUAAAUAAACUAAAGAAAAUGGGCAAAUCCUGGCUCUUGUCACUUUACAGUUAUAUUUAGGCUGUGAGUAAAGAAGAAUUAAUACUUCCAGUUUUUUCUGUGAAUGGCAAAACCAACCACUAAUACUUUGAGACUACACUGUUUACUAUACUUUUUCCAUCAAUCAGAAUAUGAUAUACAAUAAAGUAACUAUUUCCUUUUUUA